CUCAUCUCGUCUCGUUGUAUCAUAUUAUAUGAUUGAUUGUUCGAUUACGAUUUGAAAUUCUAUAGAUCUAAAUAUAUAGCUGCCCCUCUACACUGCUGCCACCCUCCAUGACGAACCGCAUCCUGAUCGUUGGCGGCGGCCUCGGCGGCCUAACCCUUGCGCAGGGGCUACGACGACACAACAUCCCCUUCCGGAUCUUCGAGCGAGAUGCAAAACAGGACUUCCGCGCCCAGGGCUACAGACUACGCGUCUCGCAGGAACAUCUCCGCUCUACACUCCGGCCGGACAUCUGGACGCUGUUCGAGAAGACCGCUGCGGAGAAUGUUCCCCUCGUUGCUGGGGCCAGAUUGGACGCCAGGACUGGGGAACCACUUAACCUUAACCUAGGCCUAGGUGGUAGAGGGGGUCCCCCGGCUAAAGCACAUGGCCAUCUUCCGUCGUAUACGGUGGACCGCGGGACGAUGCGCGAGGUGCUUCUCACGGGGCUGCACGAGUACGUGGAGUUCGGGAAGCAGUUCACGCGAUACGAGGUCAAAGAGGACCGGGUGGUUGUGCAUUUCAGCGACGGGACGGCGCAGGAGGGCGCGCUGCUUGUCGGGGCGGAUGGAGCGCGGUCGCAGGUCCGGAGACAGCUGUUGCCGGGCUAUCCGUUUGUCGAUUCGGGAAUGCGGAUCAUCUAUGGGAAAACGUAUAUCUCGCGCGAGCUGGAGGAGAGGAUGAAUGCGCAGGCGUUACGCGGGAUGUCGCUGGUUAUGGAUCGGGAUUCGGAGGUUCCGAGGACGUUGUUGCUGGAGGCGAUGCGGUUUCCCGAGGGGGAGGGGCUCGGGGUGAAGUUGCCCAGGGAUUAUGUGUAUUGGGUGCUGGUGGUUAAUCGGGAGGGGAUUUCGAUGAUGUCGGAUGAGCGCACGUUGCGGCUGAGUGGAGAGGAGUCGGCGCGGCUGGCCCUGCAGUUGGCGGAGACCUGGCAUCCCUCGAUUCGUGUGUUAUUCGAGCAGCAGGAUGUUUCGCAGACGUCGACCCUCCGGAUCCUGUCCGUUAGGCCGGAUAUGCCCGACUGGGAGCCGAAUGACAGGGUCACGCUGCUGGGCGACGCGAUUCAUAUUAUGCCUCCCACGGGCGGGCAGGGGGUCAAUACGGCGUUGCAUGAUGCGGCGGAGCUGGCGAGGAGGAUUGCUGAGGCCCAGGGGCAGGUGGACGGGGAUCUCAUUGCGAAGUAUGAGGAGACGCUGCGGGUGUUUGCGCGGGAGAGAGUUGACAUGAGUUGGCAGGGAGGGUAUCGGGGGUUUAACCUGAGGCCUGUGGAGGAGUGUGAGGGGAUUAAGUUGUAGUUGGGAAGAAUCCGUAUAUUAGGGACGUGAAACUCUCCACUUGGUAGUUCUGUGCCUGCAAUUGUUCAAUGGUUGUAAGAUGAGUUGUGGAAGAGCAAUGGAAUGAAGUGGCACGGGU